UGGACUUCUUCGAACUGGGCGCCGCUACCCUGCUCGCAAACGCCUGCGGCUGCCGAGUAUGCAACAAACCCAUCAUGGAGGCCGAGCGCCUCUGGGUGUGCAAGACCUGCUGCUUCGAAUAUGCCGCUAUGACUGACGAGCAACGCAAGCGCAAUCCCCAGCACUGGGUUAGCGUUUGUACGACAUGCGCCGGGCAGGGCGAUGUGCCCUGCGAUUUUGACCAUGAGCACACCAUGUACCUCAUCCGCAAUGAAUGGCCCGUGCCGCUCGAUAAGUGGUCCUUCCUUGUCACGGAAAACGUGGAGUCCUGCGUUUGCUGCGGGGAGACGCACAACUUCGUGCCUUCGUACCUCCGUUCCGACGACAAGCC